CUGCAGGAAGUGGAUCAGUCCGAGCUCAGCUUCACAUAAACAGGAAGAAAAGUGACGUGACUCGAGAAGUUUCGUAUCUUUCGACAAGAAGACGUGAAAUAUGCGCAAAUCUGCACUGAUUUCCCACAGGAUCCGAGUCUUAGAGUGAAACUAAAGGAGAGCAUGUCCUUAACAACAAACAGAGGCUUUCCACAGAUUUUCCUUCUUACGUUUGUGGUCUUCAGUGUGUCAGGAGUUGAGAAGCUGACCAUCACUCCAGACCGAGGCACCACUCUCACCAUCAGCAGAACCAGCUCAGAGUGUAAAGUGUGCACCGUGACUGGACGCAAACGACAAUGUGAAGCGUCUCUGGUAUUAAGAGACAGCGCUCCUGUCUCUGUGGAGCUGGAAUGCUCCAAACGUCAAGAGGUGUUUGACGUUGAAAUUGUGCGAAAUAUUGAAUGCACUGUAAAGUCAUGCAACGGCAACAUCAUCCUGACUGACUCCAGCUCUCCUCCAUUGCUGAAUUUCAACCGCAAGUUCACCUGGAACCUGAAAGCUACAGCGCCUAAAUCCUUAAAAAUAGACUUUACCAACACAGGUCUGAGACAGAUUAACCCGUCUCAGGAAUGUCCGGACAAACAUGCGUACACACUCAAAGCCUUUCGGACAACAGAGAGCAUAGACAUGGGGAAAUACUGCAGGACGGGUGCUAUCACUGAUGUUCAGAUACUCAGACAGAGCAGCUUUUCUCUGGAAAUCCCUGCAGGUCAGAAGCUGCAGAGUGGACAGUUUAGUGUAUCCGUCGGGGAUGAAAUCAAAACUCUUGCCAGGAUUUCACUCACAUUACCACAAGGGGGGUCCGGCCUAGAGUUGCUCACCCCAAACUACCCAGACAGUUUUCCCGAUGACGACGUAAUGGAUUGGCACAUCAAGGUCCCGGCCAAACACCAAACAUCCGUGCAGUUCCUUAAUCUCACACAGCCGCGGUGUUUGUACAAGGAAACCGCGAUGGAGUAUCACGGCGUAGGACGAGCGGCAGUGGUGGUCAUGCUGAACCAGAACCAGCCCGUCCAGAGUCAGGGCACGUUCAGUAUGAUGCUGAGGAACUGUAAGAUGGACAGGAGCCGGGCCGGGUCUCCUGGACUGUCUUUUGCCAUCAAACUGUCGGCUACGAAGACAACUUCAACAGAUCCCUGUAGAGUCGAUUUGAGAAAAACACCGGGCCUGUCUCUUCAGAUUGAGAAGCUGAAAUCUGCAUCCGGUUGUGAGAUGAAGCAGAUCUCAGCGAUAAAAGAUAACAUCACAGUCCUACCUAACAGUGAAACACAGCUGUCUUUCCAGGACUGCCUCCCUGAAGACAUACAAGUCACCGCCAUGAGAGUCAUAGAGUGUUAUAAACUCAAAGACUGUCCAAAGGGUAACAUCCAGCUGUCGGUGCCGCAGCUGCCUUCCUGCCUCCUGGCCUCUCUGACCAGAGUGACCUGGACCUUCACGUUUCCUCAGGAUGGCACCGUUGAGUUCAGUUCUCUCACUGCGGGCCUCAGACAGUCUCUACCUGGACAGUCCUGCAAUGACAGCAUCGUUGUCAAACUGGCUGAGGAUGAUGGCACGACUAUUGGAAACUUCUGCCGUCAGGGAGCCAUACAGAAAGUCCAAAUCCACACCAACAUGUCCGUCAGCCUCUCUUGUAUGAAGAGUGGAGCACUCAAGAUGUUGACGAAGCCUCUGCUGUACGCCUGUAUAAAAAACGAGAUAUCAGAAAGGUACAUAUUCACCGUAUCUCCAAGGAAGGACACUCCUCUCUUGUUGGCGACUCCUGGUUGGCCUUUAGGAAUGAAGUCUCAAUCCACAGCAUCAUGGAUCGUCAAUGUCCCACCAAAGAUGGACGCACACAUAAUGUUUCCCCACCUCACUCAGCCGAAAUGCAGUAAACGACACACCAACAUCAAAGUGCAGGCACUUGGCAGUCGGGAGGAGUUUUACAGCCGCAGGGAGGAUGAGGAGGCGGAUAAUGAAAUUACUGUUUCAGAGAGUUUUUACCUCAAUAUGUCCAACUGUAUGCCUGAAAGAGGAGACUUCAGCGUCUUCACCAAGAUCACCCUGAAGAAGAACCAACUGUUGACUAUCAUUGUGAGUGUAGUGGCUGCAGUGUUGGCGAUUUUUAUUAUUGUGCUAGUAGCGGUCUGUGUCGUAAUUAGGAAGAAGAAGAAGAAGCUGGCCCAUCAGGUGUCCAUCUACAAUCCCAAUGGCACCAGUUUUCUGCCAGGAUACAACCCCAGACCAUCUGAUGACGACGAUUCUCAUGUGUACGCUUCCAUCGAGGACUCUCUGGUCUACACUCAUCUGUUGAGGAAAGGGGCAGAGAUGGGCAUCUACGGAGAGCAUGACGCCUACCGGUCUUACCCGGGCCACACAGACUCUCAAAAACCACUGGUCUCCAAGGAUUCCGGUCCAGAUGGCGUGGAGGUCAGCACCUACCAGCAGUUCCAACAACAGCCUCCUUCGCUUCCCAACAGACCUCCGAGCCAUUUGAAGCCCAUGGUGGACAAUGAGAUUUACCAAAGCGAGGAAGAACAGGGAGCGGGUCUGGGUCUUCGGCUGGACCCAGAGGGAGGGAACUGAGAGGAUGAUUGGAUUCAGAUUUCUGCUUUUCACUCGACCUACUUGAACUUUGAGAUAUUGAUUCCCUGGCAUCUGUGUGAUUACCUGCUGCUCUGCAUCACAAGACGCCUCUUUUCUCUCAAGUGUAGUUUCUUUCCAAAACCAAGACCUUUCAAAUAACCCUGCUCAAAACUUCCUGGAUCUGUUACUGUGUUUUAUUGUAGAUGAAGGUACGUGUCUUUUAAGAGCAUCACUUUUCCACCCACUUUGUGCCUGUUUUUGCCACCAAAGAGUUUUUUAUAUAUGCAUUGCAGAUAUUUGUACAGAAUUUGUGUGCUGUUUACAUAAUAGUUUUACAUUUUUAUCAUUAAGUAAAUAUAAAUGAGGACUCAACCUCUAUUGCAACAUGUUGCGUUUUUAUAGCAUCAUUAGUACAGGAUGCUUGAUGUUGCAUUGGAUUGCACCAGCUUGUAUGUACAUGGACCACUUCUCUUUUUACCUGCUGGAGGCUGUUUCUAGCCCUUUCUGGUGUAGUUUCUUUGAUAUUUGCAUUAAGACAUUAAAAUAAAAUAUGCACACUUUCAGAAUAUACACUAAAGCCACUUAUGUCCACAGUAUGUCAUCAGUUGGCAUAAGUGGCAUGUCGUUUCUCUGUUAUUGGACUGAACUCGAGCAAUAAUUACAGGUGGAUUUUAGAACACAGACUAUGUGAGCUGUAAUUUAACAGUGUUGUCAGUGCUCACGGUGUUUCUAUAAAAGUGUCGUCAGAACGCUUUCUGUAUUAAACAAUGUCCAGUACCAAACCACAUUCAAUCUUUAAAAAUCUUUCUUGAAUGGGUAGUUUUAUGAAACAUGAAAUAUUUUUCUAACAAAUGUGUUUGUUCUUUUUGACAUUCGAGUGAUUUAGAAGAAAUCACAAUAUGAAUGUUAUAAGAUAAAAUUCCACGAGUUUGAGUAUUAAGAUCAAAUUUGUGAUGAAGACUGAAUAUCUUUGCAAUGUUUCCUCAUGUAGUUCAGAAAGUGAACAGCAGAGGGAGACGCAGUGUCAGUGUAAGAUCCCAUCUAUAUUUAAAGCAAGUAAAAUAUUGUUUGUGUUAACU